AUGCCUGAUCCUAAAUUUUCUGAUCCAAAAUUACAACCUGCAGCCUUUUAUGAAGCUUUGAAUGAUAUUGGUGUAGAUUAUUUCUGUGGAGUUCCUGACUCUUUAUUAAAAGAUUUCUGUGCUUAUGUUACUGCCAAUGCUGCUAAAGAGAAUCAUGUUAUCACAGCUAAUGAAGGUAAUGCAGUAGGUCUAGCAGCUGGCUAUCACUUAGCAACUGGGAAGUCAGCUAUGGUUUAUUUACAGAACUCUGGAUUAGGUAACAUGGUGAAUCCAUUGAUGUCACUAGCUGCACCUAAAGUCUACAGUAUACCUAUGUUAUUGUUAGUGGGAUGGAGGGGAGAACCAGGGGUUAAAGAUGAACCUCAACAUAUAACACAGGGAUUAAUUACACAGAAUAUGUUAGAAUCUAUGAGAAUACCAUAUGAAGAAUUACCAGCUGAUGAAAGUCAACUGAAUGAAGUUUUAGAAAAAUCCAAGAGACAUUUAACAGAGAAGAAAUCUCCAUUUUGUUUGUUAGUUAGAAGUAAAACAUUCUCUCCAUAUAAACUAAAACAAGACAGGAUUAAAUUACCAAUGACAAGAGAAUUUGCUCUACAAAGAGUGGUAGAUUUACUGGGUGAAAAUGAUGUUAUAGUUAGUACAACUGGUAUGUUGUCUCGAGAAUUAUUUGAAUAUAGAGCUAAGAAUGAUGGAGGACAUGAAAAAGAGUUUUUAACUGUUGGUUCCAUGGGACAUGCAUCAUCUAUUGCUUUAGGAAUUUCACUACAGAAACCAGAUAGACCGGUUGUCUGUUUGGAUGGUGAUGGCGCUGCAUUAAUGCACUUGGGUGCCAUGGCAAGUGUAGGUCAAAGUUCAUGUUCUAAUUUUAAACAUAUAUUAUUUAACAAUGGAGCCCAUGACUCAGUUGGAGGCCAGCCUACUGAAGCUAGAAAUUUUGAUGGUUUUUCAUUCCCUAAAAUAGCCUUAGCUUCUGGAUACAAAAAGGCUCUGGUAGCCUCAACACUUGAAGAAUUGUUGAUAUCUAUGGAAGAAAUCAAUAAUUCGGAGGGACCAAUAUUUUUAGAAGUCAGAACAUCAAUUGGAUCCAGAUCAAAUCUAGGUCGUCCAACACGCACAACUCAUCAAAACAAAUCUGAUUUCAUGGAGUUCAUUUCUAAAAGUUAA